GGGCCCUGCGCGACCCGGGAGUGCCGCGAGGCCCUGCCCGCGGGCUCCUGGUGUCCGCGGGGCGGCGCCGCGGAACAUGACGGCGCCCUGGGCGGCCCUCGCCCUCCUCUGGGGAUCGCUGUGCGCUGGUUCUGGGCGCGGGGAGGCUGAGACGCGGGAGUGCAUCUACUACAACGCCAAUUGGGAGCUGGAGCGCACCAACCAGAGUGGCCUGGAGCGCUGCGAGGGCGAGCAGGACAAGCGGCUGCAUUGCUACGCCUCCUGGCGCAACAGCUCCGGCACGAUUGAGCUCGUCAAGAAGGGCUGCUGGCUGGACGACUUCAACUGCUAUGACAGGCAGGAGUGUGUGGCCACCGAGGAGAACCCCCAGGUGUACUUCUGCUGCUGUGAAGGCAACUUCUGCAACGAGCGCUUCACCCACUUGCCAGAGGCUGGGGGCCCAGAAGUCACGUACGAGCCACCCCCGACAGCCCCCACCCUGCUCACGGUGCUGGCUUACUCACUGCUGCCCAUUGGGGGCCUCUCCCUCAUCGUCCUGCUGGCUUUCUGGAUGUACCGGCAUCGCAAGCCUCCCUACGGCCAUGUGGACAUCCAUGAGGACCCUGGGCCACCACCCCCAUCCCCUCUCGUGGGCCUGAAGCCACUGCAGCUACUGGAAAUCAAGGCUCGGGGGCGAUUUGGCUGUGUCUGGAAGGCCCGACUCAUGAAUGACUUUGUGGCUGUCAAGAUCUUCCCACUCCAGGACAAGCAGUCUUGGCAGAGUGAAAGGGAGAUCUUCAGCACACCUGGCAUGAAGCAUGAGAACCUGCUGCAAUUUAUUGCCGCUGAGAAGCGAGGCUCCAACCUUGAAGUGGAGCUAUGGCUUAUCACGGCCUUCCAUGACAAGGGCUCUCUCACGGAUUACCUCAAGGGGAACAUCAUCACAUGGAACGAACUGUGUCAUGUGGCAGAGACGAUGUCACGAGGCCUCUCAUACCUGCACGAGGAUGUGCCCUGGUGCCGUGGCGAGGGCCACAAGCCGUCUAUUGCCCACAGGGACUUUAAAAGCAAGAAUGUAUUGCUAAAGAGUGACCUCACAGCCGUGUUGGCUGACUUUGGCCUGGCCGUUCGGUUUGAGCCAGGGAAACCUCCAGGGGAUACCCAUGGGCAGGUGGGCACAAGACGGUACAUGGCACCCGAGGUGCUUGAGGGAGCCAUCAACUUCCAGAGAGAUGCCUUCCUGCGCAUUGACAUGUAUGCCAUGGGGCUGGUGCUGUGGGAGCUUGUGUCUCGCUGCAAGGCUGCGGAUGGACCUGUGGAUGAGUACAUGUUGCCCUUUGAGGAAGAGAUUGGCCAGCACCCUUCAUUGGAGGAGCUGCAGGAGGUGGUUGUGCACAAGAAGAUGAGGCCUGCCAUUAAGGAUCACUGGCUGAAGCACCCGGGCCUGGCCCAGCUCUGUGUGACCAUUGAGGAGUGCUGGGACCAUGAUGCAGAGGCUCGCCUGUCUGCAGGUUGCGUGGAGGAGCGGGUGUCCCUGAUCCGGAGGUCGGUCAAUGGCACUACCUCGGAUUGUCUUGUCUCCCUGGUAACCUCUGUCACCAAUGUGGACCUGCCCCCUAAAGAGUCAAGCAUCUAAGCCCAGGACAUGAGUGUCUCCCCAGACUCUGCAUCUGAAGAA